GGAUCAAGAGGGCAUGUAGACGACUUCAGUUCUGACACUACUUUGCUCAUCAUUUCUGUAUCAGCCACUGCAAAAGAGCUCAUACUGUUACAGCAUGGUGGAAGGGGAUCAAGAAACAAGAAAUUUGGUAUUUCCUGAGCAAUACUCAUCCUAAUGUUCGUUAUCUUAUCUCUGAAGCAUGCUGCAAAUUUCUCACAUUUGGAGGUGGAAAAGAGACUUAUAAGGCUGUCGAUUGUUGAAAUAAGCACCCUGCACCAGUCACAGAGGCGUCCUUCUCUCAGAGACAUCCACCUGCACCAGUCACAGAGGCGUCCUUCUCUCAGAAACAUCCACCUGCACCAGAAGGGGUGACAACAGAGGAGCAACUCCAGAGCUGUCUGACAGGCCCUCAGUGAUGACUCUGCUUCUCAUUACCACACUGCUGUUCUCAGGUCUGUGCAGUCUCUCCUCCUGUGUACCACGUCAGUUCCAUGUGGUGAAGGAGAAAAAGACCUGGACAGAAGCUCAGCGUUACUGCAAAGAGGAGUUCACUGACCUCGCCACCAUAGACAACAUGAGGGAGAUGGAGAUGUUAAAUAGCACAAUUAAUGAAGCAGAUGCUGCAGAUGCUUGGAUUGGGCUGAAGCAGGGAAGCAGUCCUAAGUGGCAGUGGUCUCUGGCUGACAGGGAUUUCUACAGAGAGGAUGGGACUGAGUUCAGGAAUUGGAACUCAUACCAGCCAGACGGAACUAAUAACAACUGCACUGUGAUGAAAGGAAAUGGGAUAUGGCACAAUAGGAGGUGUGACGAAACCAAGCCCUUCGUCUGCUAUGAUGGGAGAAACUCCAAACAUCCCUAUGUGCUGGUUACUGUUGUAAAGAACUGGGCAGAUGCUCAGAAAUACUGCAGAGAGAAACACACAGACCUGGCCAGUGUGAGGAAUGAGACAGAGAAUAACCAGAUACAGACAAUCCUAGGGUCUUACACUGAAGCCUGGAUUGGCCUGUUCAGAGAUGCCUGGGAGUGGUCAGACAACAGCACCUCCUCUUUCCGCCACUGGGACACUGGAGAACCCAAUUAUAUCGAGAGUGAAAAGUGUACUCAGCUCUACCUUAACGGUCGGUGGAAUAAUUAUAACUGUGAUCUUCCUGGACCUUUCAUCUGCUUUGAAGGGACGACCACUACAACUUCUGCAACCACGAUGACACCUGAACUCACAACUCAUACAAGCCAAGUGAGGAGGAAGCAGAUUGUGAGAGUGGAGUUCCAAGUUAACUCCAGCCUGCCCCUUAGCGAUGCUGAAUUUCAGGAGAGGCUCAUGGAUCAGAUCAGAAAGAAACUGCAGGACGGGGGGCUGCCGGCAGACGCCAAACUGACCUGGAAAAAGCAGCCUGAUGGACGAAUUUUCCACAAGAAGAAUGAGAAGAAGGAGAAAAAAGAGAGGAGGAGGAGGAGGAAGAGGAAGAGCAAAGAUGAGUUUUGAAGCUCAAUAAAUCUCAGAGAGCAGGAGAGGGAGAAAGAUGAGAGAGGAGAGGAGAAACUGUAUGUAUUGAAAUGCGACUUAAAUCUUGUGUGGCCAUAAUCAGAUUUAUUUUGGUUUGCAUGGAUCAGCAUAUGUUUUACUGUUGACAGAGUUUUUAGGUGACAAUAAGGAUGGGUAGAAUCAGAUUUGCUGUGCGGGGAAUGGGCAAAGCAGCAAGGAGAAAUGAAGAAAGAAAAACUGCUGAUGGUUGUAGACCUAAUAUCUGCCUGGUGUGAUUUCUAUAUUCAUCACUUGUGCUCAUUAUAUUGUAUGCACAAAGAAUGCUUUGGUUUUGCUGUGAGGAUGCCAACAUCUUAAAGGAGCAAUGUGCAGUGGAAAAAAGUGGCGUGUGCCAGAAGAUGAAGUGUAAACAUGAUUAUCACUUUUGAACUGCCCAUAAAAUUAAAAACAAAAUAUGUGAAAAUACAGAAAGCUUUUUUUAAACGUGUUUUUAGAUUUAAUGCCUGCUAAAUGCAAUGAAUUAACCACUGU